AUGACAAGCAUUGACAUUAAUAACUUACAAAACACGUUCCAACAAGCUAUGAAUAUGAGCGGCUCCCCAGGUGCUGUUUGUACUUCACCUACUCAAUCUUUCAUGAAUACUGUUCCACAGCGUUUGAAUGCUGUGAAGCAGCCAAAAAUCCUGAAGCCUUUCUCAACAGGUGACAUGAAAAUCCUACUACUGGAAAACGUCAAUCAAACCGCUAUUACAAUCUUUGAAGAGCAAGGUUACCAAGUUGAAUUCUAUAAAUCCUCGUUGCCUGAAGAAGAGUUGAUUGAAAAGAUCAAGGAUGUUCAUGCUAUUGGUAUCAGAUCUAAAACGAGAUUAACCUCUAAUGUUCUUCAACAUGCGAAAAAUCUAGUUUGUAUUGGAUGUUUCUGCAUCGGUACUAAUCAAGUUGAUUUAGACUACGCUACCAGCAGGGGUAUUGCUGUCUUCAACUCGCCUUUCUCCAAUUCCAGAUCUGUAGCAGAAUUGGUCAUUGGUGAGAUCAUUAGUUUGGCAAGACAAUUAGGUGACAGAUCCAUUGAAUUGCAUACAGGUACAUGGAAUAAGGUUGCUGCCAGAUGUUGGGAGGUAAGAGGAAAAACUCUUGGUAUUAUUGGGUACGGUCACAUUGGUUCCCAAUUAUCAGUGCUUGCGGAAGCCAUGGGUUUGCAUGUGCUAUACUACGAUAUUGUAACAAUCAUGGCGUUGGGUACUGCCAGACAAGUCUCUACCUUGGACGAACUAUUGAAUAAAUCUGACUUUGUAUCAUUGCAUGUCCCAGCUACUCCUGAGACCAGCAAAAUGUUAUCUGCUCCACAAUUUGCCGCCAUGAAGGAUGGAUCUUAUGUGAUUAAUGCAUCAAGAGGUACUGUCGUGGAUAUUCCAUCUUUAAUCCAAGCCAUGAAAGCCAACAAAAUCGCAGGGGCCGCCUUGGAUGUUUACCCACAUGAACCAGCUAAGAAUGGGGAAGGUUCAUUUACUGACGAUUUGAAUAGUUGGACUUCUGAGUUGGUUUCAUUACCAAAUAUCAUUUUGACACCACACAUUGGUGGUUCUACAGAAGAAGCCCAAAGCUCAAUCGGUGUUGAAGUUGCUACCGCAUUGUCCAAGUAUAUCAAUGAAGGUAACUCUGUCGGCUCAGUCAACUUCCCCGAAGUGGCAUUAAAAUCUUUGUCAUAUGAUCAAGAGAACACUGUCCGCGUAUUGUAUAUUCAUCAUAAUAUACCAGGUGUUUUGAAGACUGUCAAUGAUAUUUUAUCUAACCAUAAUAUUGAAAAGCAAUUUUCUGAUUCGAACGGUGAAAUUGCUUACUUAAUGGCUGAUAUCUCUUCUGUUGAUCAAAGCGAUAUUAAAGAUAUCUAUGAACAGCUAAAUCAAACCUCUGCCAAGAUCUCAAUUAGAUUGCUGUACUGA